AUGUUUUCGCGUCGUUUUUACUCACCGAAAGUUAUUCGCCAGAAAAUUCGGCGUCAACAACAACAUCAAAUGAUUCGCCGUAUUCAUUCACCAAUCGAUUCUCAAUCCGAUGAAAGUAUACCAUUCCAAGAACAAUCAACAAAUGCAGCACCAGUUUCUCUUUCAACAUCUGAUGAUCUUUUAUCUUAUGAAGUCGAUGAACAUGACAACGCUUAUAUUAUUUCGAAUGAAAUUCCUGAUGAUUCACCACCAUUAUUUCUUGGUUCAUCCAUUAGUACUGCACUUGCGACAGAUCGUAUCAUGAAAUUUUCACUUGAUGCUAACUUGGAUAAACUGAAAUCUAAAAAGCUACUCGUACUAAUAAAAUCAUUUCUACCAAGCCCGAAUAAUCUUCCUGUUACACACAAGCAAAUACUCAAACGAUCUGGUCGAACAUCAAUGUUUACAACUCAAUAUUAUUGUAAUCACUGUUCAAGUAUUGUGUCUACUUUGAAGCUUGGUGCAAAAAUAUGUUUAACCAGUGGUUGUGUUGGAUCUCAACGGACAUUAAACAACAAUGAAUUAACAGAAGUUGUCACUGUUAACAUCAUUUCACGUCUUGAAUCAAUUUUAGCACGCAAUGUUGAUGCACUUACUGGCCAAACAAAUCAUCUAUUUCCACCAGGUGAUGUUUCUCGAUUUGGAUUUUAUCAGGAAAUCACGAAUAAUAAAACAAAUGGAAAUGUUAUUACAUUAAUUUUGCAUGCUGAUGCUGCAACAUUGGUGCCCAGCAAUAAGCGAAGUUUAUGGCCUUUUUAUGCUUCUAUAGUUGAACUACCACCUCCGAUUCGUGAAUACAAACAUAAUAUAUUAACUUUAGCAUUAUGGGU